AUGGAGAACUCAUCUAACAUUGUAGUGCUUAAACUCAGUGGAUUAAAUGAGACCAGAUCACGUAAAUAUAUCUUUUUUGGUUUUACUCUUUUUUUUUACCUGUGGAUUAUUUUUCUGAAUCUGACACUAACUGCUACAAUCCUCCUGGAGAAAUCCCUAUAUGAGCCCAUGUACAUCUUCAUCUGUAACUUGAGUCUUAACACACUGUAUGGAACCACUGGUUUCUAUCCUAAACUCCUGGCUGACUUUCUCUCUGACACUCAUGUCAUCUCAUUCACUGGAUGUAUGAUUCAAGCCAUUGUUAUCUACUCUUCUGUCUUUUGUGAAUUUACAAAUUUAACAGUGAUGGCCUACGACAGGUAUGUGGCAAUAUGCAAGCCCUUAGAAUAUCAUUCUAUCAUAAAUGCCCUGAUCGCUGGAAAAUUUGUUUUAAUUUUGUGGAUUUUUGUGUUCUUUGAGGUAACAGUUCAAACUGUGUUAACUCUCAGACUGCCUCUAUGUGGGUCUCAGAUUGACAAACUCUACUGUGACAACUGGUCAAUUGUAAAGCUGUCCUGUGUGGAAACAACACCCAACAAUAUCUGUGGUUACAUUUUAUUAGUUAUUCAUGUUUCACAAGCCUUUUUUAUACUAUAUUCGUACAUCCAGAUUAUCAGAGUGUGUGUAAAUUCUGGAGAAAGUAGGCAUAAAUUUCUACAGACCUGUUUACCCCAUUUGAUCACAUUAAUCAACUUCAGUGUCACCACAGUCUUUGAUGUGAUGUUUGCUAAAUAUGGCUCUAGAAACACAUCACAGACUCUUCGCAAUAUCAUGGCAGUGGAGUUUCUAGUCAUCCCUCCCCUUUUAAAUCCCCUUGUAUAUGGAUUGAGUCUCACUCAAGUUCGCUUAAGGAUUAAAAAAGUGUUUAACAGAAAAGUAGACUCUCAAACAUAA